CAUCGUUGUUUCGAUAAUAAAAUGCCGCGGAAUUUCCGCAAGACAUACUACAAGAGCCUGGGCGUGCACUCGGCCGAGGUCGAGGACUCGUUUGCGGCGCUGCUCGGCCAAGACACGCCAGCGCCAGCUCUUACGAUCAACUUGACGCAACUCGUGCGGCUCACUCUCGAGUUUGGCCUGCCGUCCAUGUACCGGCGGCAAAUGUGGUGGGUCGUCACCGCGAUUGUCCCGUUGGCCCGGGACGCGGACUCGUGGCAAUACGCUCGCAUGGAAAAGCGUGCAAUCUACAAUGAUGUGGCCAUGGCGGCGGAAUGUUGUGUUCCUGACGUGCCGCUUCAUGCGUCGACGAGUAAACACGUGCUCCGAGUCCUUCGCUUCUACGUCGACCAGGUACGACCCCACCUCAACACGUCCUUUGCUGCAAACGGUGCCGUUCCAUCCGACCAAGGCUUCGACUGGAUACUGCGGGAAGAAUCGGUGGCCGACAGUGUCGCCAGCGCCGUCAGCCAAGUGAUGAACGAUGACCCAUCGGACCAAUUCUGGUGCUUGCUGGCGUUUCUCGGCAUUUUGGAUCGAGGGUUCUUCGCUCUUCAGCCUCCCAUGCCGAUUCAAGACUUGCACGACGUAUCGCCAGGGACAUUGGAGCUCUUAAUCUGCCGCAUCCUCGCCGCUGUCGCCACUUGAGCAUCUGCCGACGUUGAUCAGGCAGACUUGGGGAGCUGCGCGCCGUAGGUGGAGAUGCGACAAUUAGAGAUGGGGAAGUCAGGCCGUGGCGCACAGCAUGGCGAUGCUGUGGCUUAUGAGAUAAAUCGUGAGGGAGGUCAUGCAACCAAGUGUAAACCGGGCACUGUGUGUGUAAUUUGAAGUGUUGGCUUGUACGAUCGACCUCAAGUCAUCUUAAAAUAUGUCGUCCACUUGGACGUCAUCGUCGU